AUGUAUGAACUUCUCCGGUAUUUCCUUAUAGGCUUGCCUAUAGGAAUUACCUUUCGUACGAAAAUUGGAUAUAUAGCUGAGGUAGAAGGAAGCUCUAUGCAACCAACUUUAAAUCCUAAUAUAAGUGAUUCUGAUUAUGUUUUGUUGAAUCGUUGGUCAGUUUGGAGACAUGGUAUUGACCGUGGUGAGAUAGUAGCUGUCACAUCUCCUAGGAACCCAAGUGAAACUUUAAUUAAACGUGUAGUGGGACUGGCUGGAGAUAUUGUAGUUACUCAUGGAUAUAAAGAACAUGUGUUGAAGGUACCAGAAGGUCAUUGUUGGUUGGAAGGAGAUAACAGCAGUCAUUCUCUUGACUCUAAUAUUUUUGGGCCAGUUUCUGUUGGUCUAGUAAUUGCAAAAGCUACCUGGAUAGUGUGGCCAAUUAGUCGGUGGCAAAGCCUUCAGUCCAGUACAUUAAAACACAAGUGACCACUAAACUUAGCCAAAUUA